AUGGAUAAAGUUCUAAUGACCCUUUCUCUUAAAGAUGAAGAUGAAGCCCCCUACAAUCUUCCAGAUCUCCCACAAUAUUUCGCUACUGAAAGGAAUGCAUGCAGUCUGAUCGGUCGCAUCCUCAGCCCGGAGUUUCAAAAUGUUGCGAAUCUCAUCCUGGAUAUGCCGAGAAAGUGGCAGAAAGUUAAUCGAGUUAGAGGAAUUGCUCUUACCAGAGAGCGUUUCCAGUUCAUCUUCUUGCAUGCACACGAUCUUCAAGAUGUCCUUGACAAAGAUCUUGGAGGUCUGAUCGGGCAUGUCGAGCUUGUAGCGUUUAACCCUGAAAAAUCUCAAAGACAAGACUAUGUUCGAGUAAAGAUAAGGAUCGAAGUUGCUAAACCUCUCAAGAAAUCAAGAGUUCUAAACCUCCCGGGUGGUGAUCAAACUACAAUCUAUUUCUUCUAUGAAAAAGUACAGAAGAGAUGUACUUACUGCCAAAGACUCACGCAUGCAAAAGAGAGAUGUCCUCUUCUGGUCAAUAUUCACAACAGACAAGUAACGCAGAUUAGCAGUAACCAUCUUUCUCAAUCUUCAAAAAGUAAUCCGAUAUUGUCUGAAGGAGAUCCUCUGUUUGGAGUUUUACAAGAAGAUCAAGUAGGUAUCAAUCAUAUCUCUGGAUGUCCCCGCAUUGCUCCUGAGAUCUUACAAGAAAUGCGCAACUAUCUGUUAGCCUCAAGCAAUAAAGAAAGACAUGUCAGAGAACAUAUAGUGAUAUUCUCAGUCAAGGAAGCAGAAUAA